AAACAUGGCUGCGCCCUUGAUUAGAGACCGAUUGUUUAUGAAAAUAAUUUGGCAUAAAAACUAUCUACAGCAACCAUAUAGAUCUAGGCCUAAAAAUUUUGCAGAUAAACCAAGUGUAUCCCAAAGAGGCUUUAGUUUUACUUUUUCUAAAAACCCCAGUUGCAGUAACCGUAUAAAAGUAAAACAUGGUAAUUUAUUGUUUUAUAACAGAGACGUCAACACUGGAAACACUCGCUUACAUAAUCAAGAAUCGACGUCCAAAUGUCGAGGAUCGCAAAAAGGAUCGACAAACUCUGAGUUUGCGUCAUCUAAAUCUAGAUCUAUCUGUCUAAAAGCUGCAACGUUGACUGCAGUUGCUGCUGUUGGUGCUUUCAGUAUUUCUGUUUUCAGUUCUGUUGUUGAUAAUGAGUGGGGUUUGAAAACAUUUAAGAAAGUUUAUGCUAAGGAUGGAGAAAGACCUACUUUUACACCCUCCAGAAAGGUUCAAGUUGCAACAGAUGCCUCCGGUCUCAAGCUGAUGUUGUUUCAGUACCAAACUUGCCCAUUUUGCUGCAAAGUCAGAGCAGUGCUGGACUACCAUGGCUUUUCCUAUGAUGUUAUAGAAGUGAACUCUGUAACUAAAAAACAGCUCAAGUGGACAGAAUAUAAAAAAGUGCCUAUUCUCAUAGUUCAGUUGCCAGGAUCUAAAAAUGAAGUGAAAAUUGUAGACAGCUCUGUGAUUAUUAGUGUGUUAGAGUCCUACCUCCACGAUCGUUCAACUGGGUUAGAGAAAUAUUCUUCCUACUACCCAUGCAUUACCGAGAAUGAAGGGAGGAAGACAAAAUAUGAUUUUCCCAACAAGUAUUUUAUUAUGUUUCAAGAGACAGCAGAUUUGAGCUCAACGCCAGACCAGAGAAAGGAAGAGAGGAAGUGGCGCGAGUGGGCAGAUGACCACCUGGUGCACAUGUUGUCACCAAAUGCGUAUCGCACGCCCAGAGAGUCUCUUCAAGCUUUUAAGUAUUUCUCUGAGGUUGGAGAAUGGGAGCAAAACUUCUCAACUCUAGAGCGCCAAGUUGUCAUUUAUGUAGGAGCAACUGUUAUGUAUUUCAUAGGAAAAAUCCUUAAAACAAAAUACAAACUGAAGGAAGAUGUUCGACAAUCACUUUAUGAUGCUUGUAAUGAAUGGGUGAAAGCUGUUGGAAAGGACAGGCCCUUCAUGGGAGGUAACCAGCCAAACCUGGCUGAUUUAGCUGUAUAUGGUGUACUCAACUCUAUAGAAGGAUGUGAAGCUUUCCAUGACGCCUUACACAACACAAAGCUAGAACCCUGGUACAACCGCACAAAGAAAUCUGUCAUGAUGCAUGAGGGUGCCCACCCACUGAACACUAAAGCUCUGCCAUCUAAUUUUCCAAAGCAAAAGUAGUCCUUCUUUCUUUUAAAGAUAAUAUUUCACAUCUUCCCCCCUAUCCGGUCAUUUUCCACACUGCUGGUUUUCCCCACCAAUUUGUCACUCUUGGCGAAACUUUUAUGGUUUACUUUGUUCUGUAAUCGGAAAUGAUAUUUUUACUUAAGAUUCGUACAGCUCAUGCAAUGAUGGAUUAUAAUUCCAACGAUUACGUUCAGGUCUUAUUUUGGCAUUGUAUCUUAGAAAUAUUUUUUUGUUUUUCAUGAAAAGUACCUGUAAAGGCUAAGUAUAAAAGUUGAAUUUCUUUUAGGAAGUAGGUUUUCACUUAAAAGAAGUAAAUGUUUUGUAAACAAUAAAACAUGAAAAUGUAUGUACUUUUAUAGAAAAGAUGAUUGAUGUUUACAAAUUAAACUCAUUAUGUUUUAAAUUAUUCUUUAGAAAGUUACAAUUGCCACUGAUGUUUUGAACAAAUUAAUUCUUUUUUUUUUUUACUUUAAUAUUCUUGCAAUUUUGCUAAAUGGCCUACUGUUUAUUACUAUGUAGAUGGGAUUAGGUUAAAAUAUUUUAAAACAUUAUACUAGUUAAUUUAUUGUAAACUGAUCAGAGAAUUGUUAUUUAUUUUUUAUUUAAAGUGUUAACUUUACAUUGUAGAUGUAAUUUUAAGUUAUUGUUUACUAGAAGUUACAAGGAAGUUUUAAAGAAAAUUGUGACACAAUUAAAAUUAUUGUAUUUUUGCCAUUA